AUGGAAAUUACCCCAGCAUUUAUCAAUAUGAUCACCAACGGGUACACUUUCUCCGGGGUUAGCACUGAGGAUCCUCACGAACACCUUCGUCGGUUCGCAAGCAUAUGUGAUACGAUGAAGAGCCCUGCAGUGCCUGAUGAUGCAGUUCGUCUUCGUAUGUUCUCAUUCUCCCUGAUAGGGAACGCAUCACACUGGUUUCAGAACUUAACACCACGUUCCAUCACGACAUGGGCUCAGCUUGAGAAGGUCUUUCUAGAUAAAUACUUACCACCUGCCUUGGAAAUGAAGAGGCAAGAAGAGAUUGUUACUUUUAAGCAGGUUGAUGAUGAGAGUCUACUGAGGCAUGGGAACACUACAAGGGGCUAUUGA